AAUUUUGUUGUCGCCGCCGGAUGAUAUGUCAUUUUCGGUUUUUGGGAAAGAAUCAUUAUUUAAAAUAACUUCACAAAAAGGACUAUUUUACUAACUAAAUAUGUCGAUCUUAGCAUACAAUGGUGGUGCUGUCGUCGCUAUGAAAGGACAAGACUGUGUCGCUAUUGCUACAGACAAAAGAUAUGGUAUACAGGCACAGACUGUGUCUACAAACUUUCCAAAAGUUUAUCAAAUGGGCCCCGCCCUGUAUGUCGGGCUGCCUGGCCUUGCUACUGACACACAAACUGUAUUCCAGAGACUGAAAUUCAGAAUGAACCUUUAUGAGUUGAAAGAAAACAGAGUAAUGAGGCCGAAGACAUUCUCAGCAAUGCUCUCCAACUUACUAUAUGAGAGGCGAUUUGGACCCUAUUUCAUUGAGCCUGUUAUUGCUGGCUUGGAUCCGUUUGACAACCAACCUUAUGUCUGUAACAUGGAUUUAAUUGGUUGUCCAAAUGAACCUGAAGAUUUUGUUGUGUCAGGCACAUGCUCAGAGCAAUUGUAUGGUAUGUGUGAAGCCCUUUGGGAACCAAAUCUCAAGCCCGAUGAAUUGUUUGAGACAAUUUCACAGGCUCUGGUGAACGCGGCCGACCGUGACGCCAUAUCGGGUUGGGGCGCCGUCGUCUACAUCAUCGAAAAGGACAAAAUUACCGAGAAGCACGUCAAAACGAGGAUGGAUUAAAUUUAUCGGUUAUAAGUG